CCCAGUAACUCACAGCUGUUAUAAAAACAAAGAAGGUAAAGCAACCCUACAGCAGAGUCAAACAUGGCGAGUGUUACUGUGACAUCCUGUUGGAAGAGUCUUCUGCUGGUGGCACUUAUGGGUGUACCAGGUUUGGGGAUCACCGUGGAGAUUUCUUGGACUGGCAGGGUGACAGCUGGUUCCCCCACUACUUUCACAUGCUCAUCUAGUUGUUUUCCAAACUGCAUCUACACCUGGUCCUUUAAUGGCAGCACAGUCAAUGGGAGCACGUUAACUUGGACACCAGAUGGACUGGAUGAUACAGUGAAACUGCAAUGCACUGUCUUAGAUCUACAAACAGGAGAGUACUUAAGUACUGACGCCACUGUAGAAAUUAUAAAUCAAGUGUCUGUACAGGUCAGUCCGCUGAACACUGUCCCAUCUCUCAACCAGUCACUAAAUCUCAUCUGCCAUGAUGCCAGAUUUGGUGAUCCACAAGGUCUAUCAGACCUGGUCUGGUAUAAAGAUGGACAAAAGGUGACCCUGCGUGAAAAUAUGUGGCUUCAGCAAAACAACCUCACACUUCACUUUGACUCACUGCUGCCUUCUGAUGCUGGUUUCUACCAGUGUCAAAUUUAUCUGCCUACAUCACAGACAAGAGUUGUCAGCCUGGGCUAUCUGUGUUGGCUCAGCUAUGAUCAGUGGAACGUCAGCAUUAGUGGACCUGACACUGUGUUUCCUGGUCAGUUAAGUGAGUUCACCUGCCUGACCAGCUGCACCUUAAAUGUGGAAUGCACCGUCACGUGGAAGUUCAGGGGAGGUUUCCCUGUUGGAACCUACCUUUCCAUCAAUAAAAAUGUGGUCAAGUGGACUCCUUCACUACCUGGGACUUUUCAGAACUUCACCUGCGUUGCAGAGAAUAAAGCUGCUGGACGUUCUGCUGAGGCCACCAAGAUGGUAGAAGUUAAAGAUAUCUGGCGAACAGAUAUCCCAAUCUCUGGAUCAGAGGCGAUGCAGCUCAGUGGACUUUUUGCAGGAAUCCUCAGUCUGGGACUGUGGGUCCUCUAGGGUUGGGCUCUAGAAACAAUUUACUUAUAUUCACUUCAAAGAGAUAGUUCAUCCCAGUAUCAGCUUUAUGCCCAAAUAAACACAUGACUACACCAUGGAUUAUCAUAGAAUAGUUACUACAACUAAAUGCAGCUGAUAUCUACUCAACUCAGACUUACACAGUUUUCGUGUGAAUAUUUUCCCUGCUAUUUAUUUCUGCAGCAGCUUAUUCUUUUUAUUAUUAUUCGUGCAAAAGAAACAUAUGUGAUGUCAAUUGUUAGAAAAGUAGAAGCAGUAGUUUUUACUUAUGAAUUAUUGUAAAACAUAUGAACACACAUAUGAAAAAUAAAUUGUGUGCGUUAAGUCACAGUUGGAGUUGAUUCCUAUUUAACAAUUAAAGUUGACACAUUAUUUCCUUUAUGCUCAUUUAUAGUCUACGUUUUAAUUAUGACCACAAGGUGUCACCAAAAACACAGAAGCACUGGAUUUCAACGACAGUGGAACAUAAAAUGUAAAAUAUUUCUAUGAAUGAUAUUGCAAUAAGUACUCUGACUGUUUGGGGUUUUUUUUCAAAAACAAACUUCAAGAUUUAUUAAAAAUUAUUUCGCUGGAAUGUAACUCCUUCAGUGAGAAAGGAUUUUUGUGAAGUCAGCUUGAUAAACAAAUUGUGUGACGUCCAUCCUGCGCACAUGUGGUCAGUGAUUCAACAAUCUGUUUCAUGUUCCUUUGAAACUGAACAAUUAAUGCAGAGAAGACAACCACACUGAGCAAACUGAGAGCGACUGAGUUUUUCAGGUGUUUUGUUUCUACCUUUGUUAUUUUCUUUUAUUCUUUUGUCAUAUCUCAGUUGCUUUAUUAGGCGUAAGAAUAGGUGGGGAAAAUGAAACUAAAACAUUUGCUUUCAUUUUGUUGUAAAAGAAACCAAAAUUUGCAUGUUAACCUCAUUCUAGUUUCAGUUGAAAUGCUGCAAACUCUGUAGUAUCUCUGUGUGUGUGUGUGUGUGUGUGUGUGUGUGUGUGUGUGUAC